GGUAUUGGUGGUCAAAAUAGUAGUAUGGGUAUGCUGUGCAGCAAAUAUGUCUGAUACUGAGUUCUACGCAGCUCUCCGGCAAUAUCUAGCGAGCCGGAAAAUAACAUCAUCAGUAUUGGACAAGGCUGGGAAAAAGAGAGUCACCCGGGUGGCUGAUAACUACGUCCUAAAAGACAAUCGGUUAUUCUAUACUGGUCCCAGCAGGCAGUACAUGAGGCUGGUUGUUCUGUCCGACGAGCAAAAGCGGGCAGUGCUGGAAGAGUGCCACAAACAUCCUGGCACGGGCAACCACAGUGGUGUGAGGGGCACCAGAGACAGGGUGGUUGCCGGAUAUUACUGGUCCAGUUUAAAGAAAGAUGUCACAGAUUGGGUCAAAUGUUGUCAUCGCUGUCAACUGAAAAACCCAAUUAAGACGGUGGCACCAGUUCUGCAUCCAAUCAAGGUUCUCAGCAACAUCAAGAGGGCGCAGAAAAAAAGCUGCUCAGAAAGGAAGCAAAAGCGGAACAUCGUCGGGGAUUGCUUGGUUUCCUCCUCAGUAGACACACAGAUGCAUCAGCCAUCGGGUUCCUGUCGGCUUUUCGCUCACGGCGAGAGUACGCUCAAGGAGGAGCAGCUGGAGGUGGCAUGUGACCGUGGCAGAGCUGGUCUCCACGGAGACGCAACGGAAUCCUACGCAGAGGAUGAAAGAGAGGCAGAAGAGGGCAGUGCCGAGGCGAAAACGCACGCUUUGACGGACUCUGCCUGUUCGAGCGCGAGCUUUUCAUUCACGGACAGGACAGGACAGGACGGGGUCGGGGAUUGGCCUGCUUUGGAGGAGGGCUGUGUCCUGGUCCGGCGAGUUGGAGAACGGCCAGCAGAGCAGGACGAAACGAGCGUCCACACCCUGACCUCCAGCCCCAUCGCCAGUGAUGUCACUGAGCUGGGCUUGGUUCACAUCAUCGAGGAUCAUUGUUCAGGGACCUCCAUCAAAUUGGAGCUUUCAGAUGAAUCCGAGGAUGUGGGAGAUGCUACUGGCAUAGGAAAUGAUUCUUUAACAGCAUGUGGCCCAACAGUACCCCCAGUCAGGAAGGAAGACCCAGCCUUGGAAUACAGAAGUCAGAUAGCAGGAGACUCCACUGAAACCCCUGCCCACACUGACUGCGGGAGGCGAACCCAUACGGAAGAAACCCCGACAGGCCAUGGAGGACCCUCGGAUUUCGAGCUUCUGAGGGCUCAGCUGCUGAGGGGCAAGUCGACCGCCUCUCUGCGGGGGCCGAACGUUUGCGAGGUGUGUGGGCGGAGCUUCAGCCUGCAGGAGACGCUCCAGCUGCACCAGCUCCUGCACAGGCUGGACGAUACGUACAGCUGUGCGGUGUGUGGGCGGCGCCUGGAGGCAGGCUGUCCCUGUGGGCGGGGUCAGUGCCAGUGCAGCGACUGUGAGGAGAAGCCGAGUCGCUCUAAGAGUCCGACUACACACCAGCGUGCAUACAAAGCCAGGGCCGUGUGUGUUGACACUUAACCCUGCAGAAUGGCAGCGAUAAAGGCUGAGAGCCAGGCUUUCUGGCUGCUUACUAGACAUACAAUGUAUA